CCCCGGCUUUCCGGCCCGCGGCCCCGCCGAUCUCGGCGCCCGCGCCCCAAGGGGCAGGGAUGCAUCAUGGCCACGCUGGCUUGCCGGGUGCAGUUCUUGGACGACACGGACCCUUUCAACAGCACCAACUUCCCCGAGCCCAGCCGGCCGCCGCUGUUCACGUUUCGCGAGGACCUAGCGCUCGGCACCCAGCUGGCCGGGGUCCACAGGCUGCUGCGGGCGCCGCACAAGCUGGAUGACUGUACACUGCAGCUUUCCCACAAUGGCGCCUACCUGGACUUGGAGGCCACCCUGGCAGAGCAGCGGGACGAGUUGGAAGGCUUCCAGGAUGAUGCUGGGCGGGGCAAGAAGCACAGCAUCAUCCUGAGGACGCAGCUGUCCGUGAGGGUCCAUGCCUGCAUCGAGAAACUGUACAACUCCAGUGGGCGAGAUUUAAGAAGGGCCCUCUUCUCCCUGAAGCAGAUAUUUCAGGAUGACAAGGAUUUGGUGCAUGAAUUUGUGGUGGCGGAAGGUCUGACGUGUUUGAUCAAGGUGGGAGCUGAGGCAGACCAGAACUAUCAGAACUACAUCCUGAGGGCUUUGGGCCAGAUUAUGUUGUAUGUGGAUGGGAUGAAUGGAGUAAUAAACCACAAUGAAACCAUUCAGUGGCUGUACACUCUCAUUGGGUCAAAGUUCCGGCUGGUGGUGAAGACAGCCCUGAAGCUGCUGCUCGUGUUUGUGGAGUACUCCGAGUCGAAUGCGCCUCUUCUAAUCCAGGCUGUCUCUGCUGUGGACACCAAAAGGGGAGUCAAACCCUGGUCAAAUAUUAUGGAAAUCCUGGAGGAAAAAGAUGGGGUCGACACAGAGCUGCUGGUUUAUGCGAUGACUUUAGUGAACAAGACACUAUCGGGGUUGCCAGACCAGGACAGCUUCUACGAUGUGGUGGACUGCCUGGAAGAGCUGGGCAUUGCGGCCGUGUCCCAGCGGCACUUGAACAAGAAAGGGACGGACCUGGACUUGGUGGAGCAACUGAACAUUUACGAGGUGGCACUGCGGCUGGAGGAUGGUGACGAGAGCGCCGAGCCGCCCCCCAGCGGGCGCCGGGACCGCAGGAGGGCCAGCGUGUGCUCCGGUGGCGGCAGCGGCGGCGCGGGCGAGCAGCGAGGCCUGGACCGCAGGCGCAGCCGCAGGCACUCCUUGCAGAACACCCAGAGUCCCCUGUCGGCCCCCACCAGUCCCUGUUCCCAGUCGGCUCCUGGCUUCAAGCACAGUCAAGUACGAGAGCACUGUGAAAAGGAGGAGGAGGAAGAGGAGGAGGAAGAGGAGCCAGUCACGGAGCCCAAUUCAGAGGAGGAGAGAGAGGAUGACGCCCCCUGUCAGGGCAAGGACAGAGAGGCCAGACCUGCCUCGGAGCAGAGCCCCGCCGGCGAGGAUGCUGCACCCGAGAGCUCAGCCCUCUCCAGGGCCACCUCGCAGGGAAAGCGGCUUCCGGCCAGCCCUGCGGUGGGGAGUCCCUCGCGCAGCGGGUCCUCCGGGCCUGCCCUCCUGUCACCGCCCCUGACCCCUGCCUCCGCCUCCCGGCCCUCGUCUACGGCACCUGGUCCCCUGAAGGCAUCACCGACCAUAGAAAAGCUGCCCUAUGUGCCCCACAGCCCUUUCCACCUCUUCUCCUAUGACUUUGAGGAUUCACCCUUGUCCACCAAGGAGAAGGAGGCCGAGGCGCAGAAGGAAAGCAGAUACAACAGCCUUGGCAACACCUCUUAUCACUCAAGACCUUCUGGAUCUGCUGUGCCUGCCACUCCCACAUCAUCUCUCUCAAACCCACCAGAGGCCAGGCCGGAAAGGUCAUCACUGAGUGGUCUUCUCACAUCAUCCUUUAGGCAGCACCAAGAGUCACUGGCAGCAGAGAGAGAGCGGCGGCGGCAGGAGAGAGAAGAAAGGUUGCAGAGGAUAGAACGGGAAGAAAGGAACAAAUUCAACCGAGAGUAUUUAGACAAAAGAGAGGAGCAAAGACAAGCAAGAGAAGAAAGAUACAAAUACUUGGAGCAGUUGGCAGCCGAGGCACACGAGAAGGAACUGAGAAGCCGGAGUGCGAGCCGGGGCAGAGGUGACCUCUCCUUGGACCUGACCUCCCGGGCAGCCCCUUCCUCCCCCACCCCUCGCUGUAGCCCUCCGUCUGUAGACUCAGAAGAGGCUCUCCCGGGAUCCUCCUCCUCUCUGGGAACAGCUCAGCAUCCCCAAGCGGGUGUUGGGGAUCCUGAGCCUGGACCGGAGGCAGAAGUGGGGCAGGGUACCGAUGAGGCCAGCCCAGAAGUAGCCCGUGCCUGCGUGGAAGCAGAGAGCGAAGUGGAGCGAGCACUGGAGCAAGAGCCAGAAGAGCGAGCCUCCCUCAGUGAGAAAGAGAGGCAGAGUGAGGAGGUGAACGAGAAGGACAACUGCUCUGCCUCCAGCAUCUCGUCCUCCAGCAGCACAUUAGAGAGGGAGGAGAAGGAGGACAAGCUCUCCAGGGACAAGGGAACUGGUUUGUGGUCCACGGGUGUUCAGGAUGCCGGUGUAAAUGAACAGUGCGGCGACAUCCUCACCAACAAACGCUUCAUGCUGGACAUGCUGUAUGCCCAUAACAGAAAGCCCACGGAUGACGAGGAGAAGGGGGAGGGCGAGAGCGGGAGGACUGAGCCGGGCGCCGAGGCGGUGGCCAGCCUGGCCAGCAGGAUAUCCAACCUGCAGGCCAACUCUCUGGCCCCGGAUGACAGCGUCAGGAGGGUGGACGUUGGCUGUCUGGACAAUCGGGGCAGCGUGAAAGCCUUCGCUGAGAAGUUCAAUAGCGGGGACCUAGGGAGGGGCUCCGUCUCCCCUGACGCCGAGCCGAAUGACAAGGUCCCCGAGAAAGCCUCCACGCAGCCGAAGACGGAAUCGGACUACAUCUGGGACCAGCUCAUGGCCAACCCGAGGGAGCUCCGAAUCCAAGACAUGGAUUUCACCGACCUGGGGGAGGAGGACGACGUGGACGUCCUGGACGUGGACCUGGGUCCCAGGGAGGCCCCGGGGCCGCCGCCCCCACCCCCGCCCACCUUUCUGGGUUUGCCGCCCCCGCCCCCGCCGCCCCUGCUGGACAGCGUGCCUCCCCCUCCAGUCCCCGGUAAUUUAUUGGCUCCUCCUCCAGUAUUCAACGCUCCUCAGGGCUUAGGGUGGCCCCAGGUCCCCCGGGGUCAGCCGGCAUUCACCAAGAAAAAGAAGACCAUCCGUCUCUUCUGGAACGAAGUGCGGCCCUUCGAGUGGCCGUGUAAGAACAACCGACGUUGCCGAGAAUUCCUGUGGUCGAAACUGGAACCCAUCAAGGUGGACACGUCCAGGCUGGAGCACCUGUUUGAGUCUAAGUCGAAGGAACUGGCCGUCUCCAAGAAAACUGCUGCAGAUGGAAAAAGGCAGGAGGUCAUCGUCUUGGACCCCAAGAGGAGCAAUGCCAUUAAUAUUGGUCUGACAGUGCUGCCCCCUCCAAGGACGAUUAAGAUAGCCAUUUUGAAUUUUGAUGAAUAUGCCUUAAACAAAGAAGGAAUUGAGAAAAUUCUAACCAUGAUUCCCACCGAGGAAGAGAAGCAGAAGAUCCAGGAGGCACAGCUGGCCAACCCUGACGUGCCACUGGGCAGUGCAGAGCAGUUCCUCCUCACGCUCUCCUCCAUCAGCGAGCUCUCGGCUCGGCUCCACCUCUGGGCGUUCAAAAUGGAUUACGAAACAACAGAAAAGGAAGUGGCAGAACCACUUUUGGAUCUGAAGGAAGGAAUAGACCAACUGGAGAACAAUAAAACCUUGGGCUUUAUCCUGUCUACUCUCUUAGCCAUUGGGAACUUUCUAAAUGGAACUAAUGCCAAAGCGUUUGAGUUAAGCUACCUCGAGAAGGUUCCAGAAGUCAAAGACACCGUGCACAAGCAGUCGCUUCUCCAUCACGUGUGCACCAUGGUGGUGGAAAACUUCCCAGACAGCUCUGAUCUGUACUCCGAGAUCGGGGCCGUCACCAGGUCAGCCAAGGUUGACUUUGAUCAACUUCAGGAUAAUUUGUGUCAGAUGGAGAGAAGAUGCAAAGCUUCAUGGGAUCACCUCAAGGCAAUUGCAAAACAUGAAAUGAAACCAGUUUUAAAACAGCGAAUGUCAGAGUUCCUAAAAGACUGUGCAGAGCGGAUUAUAAUUUUAAAGAUUGUCCACCGAAGAAUAAUUAACAGGUUCCAUUCCUUUUUGCUGUUCAUGGGGCACCCACCUUACGCGAUUCGGGAAGUCAACAUAAACAAGUUCUGCAGGAUCCUCAGUGAAUUCGCGCUGGAGUAUCGCACCACCAGGGAAAGGGUUUUGCAGCAGAAACAGAAACGGGCCAACCACAGAGAGAGAAAUAAGACCAGAGGGAAGAUGAUCACUGACUCGGGCAAGUUCUCCAGCAGCUCUCCGGCACCCCUGAGCCCGCCGCAGGGCCUGAGCUAUGCGGAGGAUGCCACAGAGCAUGAGAACAUGAAGGCCGUGUUGAAGACUUCGUCACCGGCGCUGGAAGAUGCCACCCCGGUGCUGGGCGUCCGCACCCGCAGCCGAGCAAGCCGAGGAUCCGCCAGUUCCUGGACUAUGGGAACCGAUGACUCCCCUAACGUCACGGACGACGCAGCCGAUGAGAUCAUGGAUCGCAUCGUCAAGUCGGCCACCCAGGUGCCCAGUCAGCGGGUAGUGCCUCGGGAGAGAAAGCGCUCCCGGGCCAACCGGAAGUCUCUGCGAAGGACCCUCAAGAACGGCCUGACUGCAGAAGAAGCCCGAGCCCUGGGCCUGGUCGGCACCCCGGAGUUGCAGCUGUGACAUCUGUGGGUGCCCUAAGAGGUGCCCCGAGAGUGCAAACUCCUGCUGGAUGGAAUCCCCGCAGCUGGGGGCGAAGAGCCUGGACACUAAGCACCGAAUGUUCCAGAGGAGAGCGUCCAUCUCUAGGUGUCUGCGUGCGGCGUGCUGGGCAUUGACGGGGCGCUCGCAGAGUCUCCCUCACACACUUCUUUCCUUGUGUCAGCUGUGUUUCUCUUGUUUCCUUGACACCUGGCUUAGUAGUUCCCAAGUGUGACACUUUUUCUGUGCGAGGAGCAGCCCUUAAAAGGAGCAGAUGACUCGGUCACAGUUACCGCGGUCGUAUGAGGCAGUUUGAGUGGGUCUGCAGACUGGGUCUCUCCACACCACCAACAUACCCAGAUGGAAACUCCAAAAUUGUACACAAAAAGAAAGCACAGAUUGUUUACCAGUUGUGGAUUUUAGCUGUACUAAAUGUUUAUACAAAUUCAUAAAUGUACACCAUGUUUCAAAUACUAAAUAAAUAGAGUUUAAUGCCA